AUGACGAAUCGAAAUGCCAAUUAUAAGCUUGUGCUUCUGGGUGAAUCCGCAGUAGGCAAAUCAAGCAUCGCCCUUCGCUUCGUUAAGUCACAGUUUCAGGAGUAUCAAGAGGCUACUAUUGGUGCUGCCUAUCUCACUCAGUCAAUUGUUGUUGGAGAUCCUCCAGUGACAAUUAAGUUCGAAAUUUGGGAUACAGCGGGGCAAGAACGUUACCACAGUCUUGCACCCAUGUACUAUCGUGGAGCCCACGCGGCCGUAGUGGUCUAUGACAUAACCAAUCUACAGAGCUUUGAACGCGCUACCUCUUGGGUCAAUGAACUCCGCGAGAGGGCUCCUGGUGUCAAGGUAAUUGCACUGGCUGGAAACAAAUCGGAUCGCUAUCAAGAGCGCGCUGUGUCCGAGCUUGAUGCCAAGAAAUACGCCCAAGAAAACGGACUUCUAUUUAAAGAAACGUCUGCCAAGCUGUCUACAAAUGUUAUGGAACUGUUCAAAAUGAUCGCCGAAUCUUUGCCCCUUUCUGAGCCACCUCUGGCCAACAGUGGUACAACGCGACUGGGUGCAACUCCAGAUCGUCCAGCCGGCGGCUCAACGAAGUGUUGCACUUAG